AUUCAUAAGGUUAUUGGGAUUUUUAUUUUUUUUUUACUAUAUGUGUCCGUUUAAUUUAACAAAAAAUGCACUUUAAAGCAAAACGCACUCCCUUGCCUAUAUUUUUUCAUAUUUUCAAAUUGCCAUUUAUUUUUCAAACGAACUUUCAAACGAGAUACUUUCUAUGAUUUUAUUUAGAAACACACUUUAAAGCAAAAGCAAAAGUUCCAAAACUAUGUAUAUAAACAAAAUGGCACUAAUGCCAACUAGACCCAAACCUGGUAAAAUUCUCAAAACAAUGUUCUUGCCCCUAGGGUGAACUGCAAGUACUCUUCGGGCACUCCUGCAUCCCAAGCGGAAUGUUUGUCGGCCAUUACUCAUGUCAUGAUGACAACUGCCCAUAACGAUAAACUAUAGGAUCACUCUGACAAUUGUGCCAAGGGGAGUGUUUGUCGGCUGCUACUCAUGUCACAAUGACCAUGCCUACCACACACCCAGGUGGACUGACCUGUAUUGAUAGGAUGUCGGACGCCUAGAAGUAAGAAGUCCAUACCGAGGAUGUCGGGCAUCUAGGUAGGGCAGUCUGUACAGACAUGAUGUCGAACACCUAGGGGUAAGGAAUCCAUGCCGGCAAUAUGUUUCCUAACCAGAUGGCCACAUGGCCCAAGUUACUACCUAUAUUGGAUGGUGUCAUGUGACCUAGGAGUUCACUAUAACAGGUAAAAACCUAAGCCUUUACUAUCUUUAUUGUUCUAUAUUCCGCUCAGAAUCUCUUACUAACUUAAGCAUUAGAAUGUUCCUUGUCGGUACCUUCGGCGAGUCACUUUUGCUUGUUUCUGGUCUUUGUAGAUUUCUUUAACAGACUACCGGUGUGCAGUCAACUAUACUAACAUGGGGCAUGCUUUUUUUGUUGUGUAAGGCAUCCAAAACAAUUAUAAAUUGAGGAAAGGAUUAAAUAUUAAGAAUUCAACCUCAUAGAGUUGACAUCGGUUUCAUUCAUUUUGGCAACAGGGUCUGUUUCUGUAUUCUAAUAUACAAAUUAUUGGCCAAAUCAUUGAAAGAAUAUGCUUUUAAAAUGCUUUGAAUCCCCUUUUCUUUUUUCUUUCUUCUUUCCUCUGGAAAAAUGAAGAUCUAUAUAGCUAAAGGAGUAAGCAAGGAGGCAAUAUAAUCCUCUGACCUUUCACUAAAUUACAGUGCACUUAUUUUAGAAAUGGAGAAGCUCAUAUCAAGCAGGUCACACCUGCAAUUUGUGCCCGAAUCUUACAUUUUACCACUGGAAAGUAGACCCGGGCAGACUGAAGUUCCUCUUUGUGAGACCAUUCCAGUUAUUGAUAUGGGAGGAGAGCUUGGUUCUGAUCGAGGACAGCUAGUUAAACAGAUUAUACAGGCUAGCCAAGAAUUUGGUUUCUUCCAGUUGAUUAAUCAUGGGGUUCCAGAGAAACUAAUGCAUGAUGUGUUGGACGUGGCCAAAGAGUUCUUUGAGCUGCCUGCCGAGGACAAGGCAAGCUUAUAUUCUGAGGAUCCCAAGCAAAAUUGUAGACUCUACACAAGCAUAGACUAUGAAGCAGAGAAGGUACAUUACUGGAGAGACAAUCUGCCUCCAUUGUCAAUUUGUCAUCCUCUAGAGGAACAUGUUCAAUUUUGGCCUGAAAAGCCUGCUCCUUAUCGGGAUGUGGUUGGGAGUUAUUCAGGAGAGGUGAGGAAGCUGAGUUUGUGGCUUUUGGAUAUAAUUUGCGAAGGAUUAGGACUUGAAUCUGGAUGUUUUGGGGAAGAACUCAGCCAAGUUCAGUUAAUGGCUACAAAUCAUUACCCUCCAUGCCCGGAUCCAAGUCUAACCUUGGGAUUGCCCAAACAUAGCGAUGUUAACCUCAUAACACUUCUUCUCCAGGGGGAAGUUCAUGGGCUACAAGUUUUUAAGGAUGGACAAUGGCUUGCAGUUGAGCCUCUCCCUAAUGCAUUUGUGGUUAAUAUAGGCCACAUGUUGCGGAUUAUCAGCAAUGGGAAUCUAAGCAGUGCUGACCAUAGAGUUGUGACGAACAAAAAGGUUGCUCGGACAACAGUUACCAGCUUCAUCCAUCCAAGCAAUUGCUAUAUUGGACCUGCAAAAGCUCUCCUUACAGAUAUUUCUCCACUCUAUAGAGAUUUUGUGUACAAGGAUUUUCUUAGCGCCUAUGUAGCAGACACUCAUGGGAGAGUUCCGCCUCUCAAACGGUAUAAGAUUUAGAGUAAUGCUACUCUUAACUCAUUUGUCAAACUUAUCCACGUAAGUUGGUGUGAAGUAUGUGUGAAGAGUAGCGUUAGUCUAAGAUUUAAUAUUAAUUAUGUUCAUAUUGAUAAAACAGCUGGUUGAUUGGAGAAUAAUUGCAAUGAGUCUUCCAUGUUUCUUAAUUAUAUAUGUAU